UACGACCAAGGUACGACGUGUUGUGAAGUGGCUUACAUUCAAUUAUCAAAAUAAUACCAAGACCAACUGGCAGUCCUAAAUCUAAUGCUUGUUGUGUACAUUACGAAAUUUGGUUUAUCGCAUGUUAAUUAAGCCUUACAACAUUGCAGAGUUGAAAUUCUGUGCUCUAAAAAUAUAGGUUAUGAUCCAUUAUAAAUAAGUAAUUUCUAAUUAAUCUUCAACACUCAACAUCAUGGCUGUUGUAAUUGAGACAACAGUCGGUGAUUUUACUGUAGACUUGUUCACUGAUCAGCGUCCACAGACAUGUCUAAACUUCUUGAAACUGUGCAAAAUCAAGUACUACAAUUGGAGUCUGUUCCAUUCCGUACAAACCAACUUUAUAGCACAAACCGGAGAUCCAACAGGAACUGGGAAAGGUGGAGAAAGUGUGUAUGGCAUUGUGCUAGGGGAAGAGGCUCGAUACUACGAAGCUGAACAGAUGCCUAAGAUCAAACAUGACCGCACCGGUUUAAUAUCAAUGGUGAAUUGUGGCAACAAUAUGCUGGGCUCCCAAUUUUUCAUAACAUUAGGCUCAGAGCUGCAAUCCUUGGAUGGUCAGCAUUGCGUUUUUGGGGAAAUCACAGAGGGCUUAGAAGUCAUUCUUAAGUUAAAUGAAGCGAUUUGUGAUGGGGACUUCAGGCCUUAUCAGGAUAUCAGAAUCUCGCACACAGUUAUUCUAGAAGAUCCCUAUGAUGAUCCCAAGGGAUUAGUCAUUCCGGACAGGAGUCCUGAACGUACUAAGGAAGCUCUAACGAGUGACAGAAUUGGAGCAGAUGAAGUUAUAGAUGAUACUGCAGGCAUGACCACAGAAGAGAUAAUUGAAUUGAGGAAAGAAAGAGAGGCUAAGGCACGAGCCACAAUUUUAGAAAUUGUAGGGGACUUGCCUGAUGCUGAUAUGGCGCCACCCGAAAAUGUAUUAUUUGUUUGCAAAUUGAAUCCAGUUACUGGAGAUGAUGAUCUAGAGAUAAUCUUCAGUAGAUUUGGGAAAAUCAUUGGUUGCGAGGUAAUAAGAGACCGUCAGAGCGGAGACUCGUUGCAAUAUGCAUUCAUUGAAUUUGCAGACAGAAAAAGCUGUGAAGAUGCUUAUUUCAAAAUGGAUAAUGUACUCAUCGAUGAUCGUAGGAUACAUGUUGACUUCUCUCAAUCGGUGUCAAAAAUGCGUUGGCGAGGUAAAGGUAAAGGCAUUCAGUACUACGAUGAUAAAGAGAAAGUAAACCAGAAUUUUGGAAACUCGAAGGAAGCCAACCAAAAAAAUGGAAGAGGAUACAGAAGUCAUGCAGACGAUAAGCAAAGAGAGAGAAAAUGUUCCUUGAGAGAGGAAAGUGCGAGGAAUAGACAUCAAAAUCAUAGAAAAGAUACAGUACUGGAAGAGAGUCACAGAAAAAGUAGAAACAUUGAAAGGCGAUCUCGGGAAAGAGAGACCAGUAGAAACGAUAAAAGGAGUAAUGAUUCACGAGACAGAGCUCACAACGACUAUAACAGAGGCCGAAUGGAAGUAAAUAGAAAAAGGAACGACGAAUUUGACAGAGAUAGAUUGGAGAGGAAUAUUAAACGAGAAGACAACUACAGAGGUAGGGAUCGUAGGGAGGAUAAUAGGUAUUACAACAACAAUGAAGAUAGAAGAAAUGAUAGAGAUAAAAGAUAUAGAGAAGAAAUAGAUCGAAACAGUAGGUUAUCUAAUGUCAGAAGAAACGAUGAUAGGAAAGAACGACCGAAUAAUAGGUGGGAAGAAAACCACAGGAGGAAAACAGAGAUGGAGCGCAGAAAUAGAAAUGACGGUGAUGGACAAAGUAGAUAUAGAAACGAGGAUGUGCGGAAUAGGAAUGGAAGAGAAUACGCGGUUCAUGAUAGAAAAAUGGUUCAUGGGGAAAGUCCGAGGGAGUCGUCAAAGGACGAUGUUGGCAGAGAUGUUCAAAAAAAUAUCAGAAACGCAGAAAAAGAAGUUACACCAGUCAAACAUGAAACAAAAUCACGUAAUUCAAAAAGCAGCACAUCGUCUGAGGAUUCAUCGAGUGACUCAGAAUCAGAUUCAAGCUCUGAGUCGGAUCAGAAACAUAGAAAGACGAAGAAGAAGUUAAAGAAACGGAAACACACCUCCAUUACAUCCGAUGAUUCGUCAGAAUCUGAUGACGCAAAUAGCAAAAUUAAGAAAAAGAAGAGACAUAAGGAGGAUUCAGAUUCUGAUGAUAGCGAUGAUGACAGAGUGACGAAAAAACAGAUUGAUAAGAAACAAAAGUUGAAGAGAAAGAAUUCCAGCUAUGAGACUGCAAAGAAAAAGCUUAAAGUUAAAGAAAAGAAAGUCAAAGAAGAGAAGAAGAAGGAGAAAAAUAAGAAGUCUAAGAAAAAGAAGGUAAGUUCAUCUUCUGAAAGUGAAUCUAGCUCAGACAGUUCAAGUUCAAAUAGUUCCGAAUCAGAUUCUCGCAAGAAAAAAAAUAAAAAGUCACACUUGAAUAAGUCGAAGAAGAUAAAAAGAUCGAAGAAGUCCAGAAAACGAAGUGAAUCUACCUCAAGUUCUGACUAACAGUGAUAGGUAGUCCUACUAGGUACUAGGGUAUUCAAUUAUUCAAUUAAUUCUACCCUAUCAUCAAAUCCACGUAAAUAAUCGGGCUGAUAAUCCCGAAAAAAUUGUGAAUUAAAUGUAUAGUUGAAUUACAGGGUAUUGCAACUAACUUUUAUGUAGUACCAACUCCCAUGUUUUGCAGACUACUUAAAUGAACUUUUGAAUGCUCUGAUUACGCUCGGUAACACAGAUAUCCGAGAUAUCAUAUUUUUAUGAGAACCGCUACAUGUUAUGAAAAAACAAUAAAUAAAAAAUAUGAAAAUUUUUUAUCAAUCAAA